AGCCAAUGCGGCAAUGACUCGUUGUGUACUUGAAAGGCUGGACGCAACAUCAGCAGUUGAGAAAAGAACGAGUUCGGCGAUGAACGUGCGUACGGAUAAAAUUUAGAUAUUUUGCUGCUUCAAGUUUUAAGUUAAUCGGAUGUUACGGAGUGUUGUAGUGAAAUAAUACGCCUGCACAGGAAAUGUGAUAUAAGUCGUAUCUUAUCAAAUGAGUGUCCAAACUUAUCCCUAAAAAAUUUAAAUUUAUGUAUAUACUCAGAACUGAUAUUCAGUGAAAAUGGUCCACUAAUAUAGUACGGUGGUUGCCAUAGAGACAAGAAAUUGUUAUAACGUUCUGAACUUGAAGUGUGUGAUCAAUGAACCUAUAAAUACCAAGUAUAUUUCCUUACUACAUUUCAUUGGGCAAGACCAUAAAAAUGUCCUAUAAAUGGAAAAUCUUCCAACAUACUUAAUUAUUUUUAUGUCACUAUCGACCUAAAUGAAAUAAAAAUGCACCUGCUGUGGCUCAUCAGUAGUAUGGGAUUAUCGCUGUUACACCUACAGCUCAUCCAAUGCAAUGAUAUUGAACUGUUGAAGACUGGCAUAGCGGGAAACAAAAAUGAAAACAGCGUAGGAAAUAAUGACCACUUCAAUAACAAUUCCGGCGUAAAUGUGAACGAUCUUGCUUCAAUAAAUACUAAUAAUAGUAUGCUGGGGACAAUUUUUAGUGGAGGCGGAACUACAAGCAAAGAUAUAAAUACUGAUAAUAAUUUUGGUAAAGCGAAUACGGGAGUAUCUGUUAACUUUGAAACAGGAUUAGGGGAUCAAGGAAGUAUAAAAAUUGACAGUGACUUACCGCUAGCAGCAGUAUCAGGACUAGGGCACGACACAGAUUUUAUUUCUACUGGUCAAUUUAGAGGACAUAAGCAAAUCAAGUCUUAUGGUCAACAAUAUGGCCACGCAUUAGCAGGUUUGGCGAAUUUGGGAAUUAUUAUACCAAAAAGCAAAGGAUCUAACCUUGAAGAUUUUGCUCGCAAUAGCGGAAGCCGUAAAAUGCAAACAAAAAUUGAAAGUGAAAUCAAUUUAAUGGACUCAACAAAUAUAAGUGGUAGUAACGGAGGACAGAAUACGUACCUAUAACGAGUCACAACUUCGCAGAAUACAGCAAAAAAUACACGAUUUAUUUCAGCAAUAGCGACACAACUACAAUUAGUACGCUUUAGUUGAUACUGCACAAGCAAUACAAGCGACGCAAUUGACACAAAAGUAGACCUAAAGGUGAUUUUCCAGUUAAGUAAGAUAGUGAUGACAAUGAAAUUUCUUGGUUAGGUGAAUAAGUGUUUUUCGGAUUGAUGUAUUGAAACAAAAAAAUAUAUAUAUA